AUGGUCUUCUCACAAUCCAGGCGAGCGAUAUUUCCAUUGCUGCCACCAUAUGGCCCUCACGACCCCAGCAACGGCCGCAUCAUUCCCUUGCAUCCGGAUGGCCUCACCCCAUAUCUCGGAUUGCGGGCUCGACUAUCACAAGUAUGGAUCAAUCGCUGGACGAUUUUGCUGCUACUUGUACUUGUACGCAUCUUGUUAGCUAUCGGCAGCAUACAAAAUGACAUGGCUUCUGCCAAGCGUGAGGCACUGUCGGCAUGCACAUCGGUUGAAUCCAUGGGAAGCGCCAUGGCAUCAAUGCCACAUUACCUCGCUGAUGGCACCAACGAUCUUGUAGCCUCUGGGAUCGAAGAUUCUGUCAAGGCCUUGAAGUCCAUGAUCACGCUUACCAUCACAGGUGUCGAGGAGAUCGUUAUUUUCAUUUUGAAAAUCAUGUACCAGACCUACCUCUGUCUGAUCACCCUGGCUGUUCGAAGCACUGUUUCAGUGGGUGUCGGUCUCAUUGAAGAUGUUGCAGAUGCUGUGAACACCACCCUCCACACUAUCAGCUCAGACAUCCAGAGCACCGUCACCACAUUUGAAAGCGGGCUGGAUGAUGUUAUCAAACUUGUCAACAGCGCCACAAGCCUCCUCGGCGCUAGCAUACCAACCUUGAAUCUGAAUAGUUCCAUUUCCGCCCUCGACGACUGGUCAAUCUCAUCAUCCUUUGACAAGAAGCUGGAUGAGCUGAACAGCACUAUUCCGAGUUUCACCACAGUGGAAAAUUACACAGAAAAUCUUAUCAGACUCCCAUUCGAUGAAGUCAAGAAACUGAUCAACGAAUCGCUCGGAAAUUACACCUUUGACCGCUCUGCCCUUUCAGUGCCAGCCAAGAAACAGCUGUCAUUUUGUAACGACAACGAUGGGAUCAACAGCUUUUUCGAUGGAGUGACCGAUGCCGCGAUUACCGCGCGGAAAAUCUUUAUCAUCGUCAUUCUCAUCGCAGCAGUUCUAGCUUGCGUGCCCAUGACCUGGCAAGAGAUUCGGCGAUGGCGACAGAUGAAGGAACGCUCCGAGCUCGUCCGAAAGGAGGCCCAUGACCCUAUGGACGUGGUUUACAUUGUCUCACGCCCAUAUACCGCAGCCGCCGGAAUUAAAGCAGCAAGCCGCUUUAGCAACAGCCGUCGGCAGAUCCUCGUCCGCUGGGCAAUCGCAUACGCAACUUCAGUACCUGCACUGUUCGUUCUUGCCAUCGCCACCGCCGCUCUACUCGCCUGUCUCUUCCAAUACAUCAUCCUCCGAAUAAUCUCCAAGACCAUCCCAGAGCUCAGUACCGAAGUUGGCGCCUUCGCUGACAAAGUUGUCGACGCGCUCCAAAACUCCUCGGCAGAAUGGGCGAACGGCGCCAACAGUGCCAUCACCAGCUUCGACACCGAACUAAACACCAAUGUCUUUGGAUGGGUCAAUAUGAGCACUUCCGCGAUAAACAACACGCUUAACGCCUUCGUCGAUAAAACGCAAAGCAUCCUCAAUGAAACAUUCGGAGGGACCCUCCUCUACGAGCCCGUGGAAGGCAUCUUCGAGUGUCUCAUUGGACUGAAAGUCAUGGGCGUCCAAAAGGGUCUCACCUGGGUCUCUGAUCACGCGCACAUCGAUUUCCCCCUUCUACCGAAUGACACUUUCUCCAAGGGCGCCGCAGCAAGUAUCAACAAUACCUCCGACCCAUCAGACAGCUUCCUCGCUGACGCAGGUGACGAGACUUCCAACAAGAUCACCGAAGUCGUCGUGGCCGUCAUUAACAAACUCGAGGAAGCCCUGCGCCAAGAGACUAUCAUCGCCGCCGUCAUCCUCCUACUCUGGGUUUUCAUUGCCUUAAUAGGCUUCUCGCGCGCCCUUAUCCUCUGCUGGGGCCGCGAUCGUAACCGUGGCGAAGGCGGUGGUCAUGCUAUGGACCCAAUACCCGACCAUUCUGGUCCUGGUCCUGCCCCAGGAGGAUUCGACGACGUUCCUCUCACUGCAAUUCCUAAGAAUACUCUCGGGUCUGUCCAUGCGGUUCCUCAGUAUGAAAAUGCCGCAGAUAUCCCUGCUGUUCGGAGUGAGACUGUAUACCCCAAUGAGAAGGUUGGGUUUGCAGGGCAAAGGGAUUACGACGCGGCAUUGCAGGUUGAUACAGCGCCUGCUUUGAGGAGGAGCAAUUAUGUUGAGUACAAUGAUGCGAAGGGUUGA